GUCAUACCUCGCGUGGCCAACGGCUCUCCGCUCAUUGAAUCCCCGAACUCAGCUUUCAGCUCGGUUUGGUGGGUAUCUGGAGAGAACCAGGCCGUUCAGCUCGGUUUGGUGUAAAAAUCUGGAGGAAACCAGGCCGCAGCACCGACCCGGCCUUCUUUUUAUCUCACUACGGCGGCGGGACGUGCUCUCCUGGGGCUCGCUGGCUCGGAUCUGGUCGGGGAGGCAGGGGGGAAGUCAGGAGCUGGUCCUGGGUGAUGAUGGAGCUGGAGGCGGCCAGUAACAGGGGCGAUCUGGGAGUUGUGGGGGACUCCCUGCAGCCGCAGACCCCCAGCAGACACGAGAAGAGCCUGGGACUGCUCACCACCAAGUUUGUGACUUUACUGCAGGAGGCGAAGGACGGAGUUCUGGACCUGAAGGCGGCGGCAGACACUUUGGCAGUGCGGCAGAAACGACGGAUCUAUGACAUCACUAAUGUGCUGGAAGGAAUCGGACUGAUUGAGAAGAAGUCCAAGAACAGCAUCCAGUGGAAAGGUGUUGGUCCGGGCUGCAAUACCAGGGAGAUAGCCGAUAAGCUGAUUGAUCUGAAGGCUGAGCUGGAUGACCUAGCCCUCCGAGAACACGAGCUGGACCAGCAGAGAGUCUGGGUCCAGCAGAGCAUCAAGAACGUCACAGAUGACGCCAACAACAGUCCUAUGGCAUAUGUAAAACAUGAAGACCUCUGUGGAGCUUUUAAAGGCGACACCCUCCUGGCCAUCCGUGCUCCAGUAGGAACACAGCUGGAGGUGCCCAUCCCAGAGGCUGUUCUGAAUGGACAGAGGAAGUACCAGAUCCGUCUCAAGAGUUCAUCUGGUCCCAUUGAGGUUUUGUUGGUCAAUAAGGACCCCUCCAGUGCCUCUCCUGUGGUUUUACCCGUCCCUCCUCCAGAUGACGUCCUCCAGAACCUCCCAGCACCACCAGCUACCUCCCAGCCGACCCCUGCUGCCUCACAGGUCUCCAAAGCAGCUCUAUCCACUCCCACUAAAGCGUCUCUGUCCACAGCGUCGACUCCUGCAGCCAAUCGGAUGAUGCCAGAAGUGACGAGCACCACACCUGUCACCCCAACAGCAGAACCUCCAGCAGCUGUCACCCAGCAGCUCCAGUCCUCCGCCUCUCUGGAUGGAUCUGCAUCUUCUGCUGCAUCUUCUGCUGCAUCUGCAGUGUUUGAACCAAUCAAAUCAGACCCAUCUGAAUUGCUGGACUUUCCCAAAGAGCUGUCAGAAAUGUUUGAUCCAACAAAAGAGAUCAUGAGUGGAGAUCUGUUGGAGGACUUGAUGUCAUCAGAAGUGUUCUCUCCUCUCCUCCGUCUGUCUCCUCCACCCAGUGACCACGACUACAUCUACAACCUGGACGAGACAGAAGGCCUGUGUGACCUGUUUGACGUUCCCAUCCUGAACCUCUGACCCUGAGGACGUUGGAAACAGAUGAGCUAAUCUAAGUUUCCCUGACUGACAGUGGAGGACGUUUGAAAGACAGCUCUGGUAGAUCAACCUGAGCUCCGUCAGACAGCAGCUCCUCGUCCAGAAACUCGACGAGAACAAAACAUUUUACUUUUCCAAGGAAAGAGAGUCGGAAUUAUAUUUUUGGAUUCUUGUGUAUUUUAAAGCGUUUUAUUUGUGUUUCAGCUUUUUUUUCCGUGUGCUCGUGAGCGAAGCGUGGCGGCACACUGUAUGUAAGUGUGUCUUUUUAUUGAACUGUCUCCAGGAGGGAAGAACAAGAGAAAGCUUCUUCCUAUCAGGUCAAGUCAUGCAGACUAGCUCAGCCCAGACAGCUGGUUAAAUAUGCACUGUCCUCAUGUACAUAGAGAUAUAUAUUUUGUAUUACUAGCUCUGAUUUAUUAACUACAUUUGUAUGACAGGCAGAGCAGUAGUCUGCAGAUUGAAAUAAUCACACCACAUGUAUGAACUGCUUUGUUCUGAAUAAUAGGACUGGAUUUGAAUCAAAGCUUUCGGUGUUGGAGUUUCACUGAACCAGUUUGAGACGAUGUUCAGACUAAAAGUCACUAAGUUUAGAACUGAAUCACUUCACAAGAACACUUUAGAAGGUGCUGGUUAAAAUAUAAAUUAUUUCCUAUAAACUCUACAGUAUCAUCAAACUGGUUUGGCUCUUCAAAACUGACAAGUUUCAUCCUAUAAAAUGUUUUUUUGGCUCUGGUGUCCAUCGGAGGAAUUAGCUUUCCACGUUCCACAUUAAGUUGUUCAGUUCUAGCGUCUGUAUAUGAAUUGCUGUUGGUUUGGAUGAUUUCUCAUGUAUUUUUACUGAUGCAGUGGAUAUCCUCAUCGCCAUUAAAUGUGCUCCUGUUUUUGUAUAUUUGGCACAGAUCCGUAUUCAGUCAUUUUUAUUGUUUUUUUGGAGUAAAUGAAAAUAUUUUCUGUCACUCCAAAUUAAGUUUUUCCAGCUCUAAUUAUUCUCUCUGUGCAGCAGACAGAUGAGCAUCAGACUGUUGAAUGAAAUCAUCCAUUAUUCAUUUUCUUUUGUAAAAUCUCUUUUUGGGUGUAAUAAUGUCCUUUUUUUUGCCCUGGAUGACGUGUCUGUAUGUACUGUGUAUAUCCCUCUACUGCUUGUAUAGAGUAGCAUUUAUUUUUUUAUACCAGCUAGAAAUAUUAUUCCAGGAUCGUUGCUACUAAUUUGGGCGACACGUCAAAGUUAAAGGACUUUUCUUCCAAUAAAAGCAUCCCGUCUGAUUGGACGGACCGGUCGCUCCUCGUCCAGCCGCCGGUCGUCGGGUUGGAGGCUAGAUAGAGGCUGGAUGUCUUUGGGUUGGGAUGGAGGCUGGAUGGAAGCUGGAUGGAGGCCGGAUGUCUUUGGGUUGGAGGCUAGAUAGAGGCUGGAUGUCUUUGGGUUUGGAUGGAAGCUGGAUGGAGGCCGGAUGUCUUUGGGUUGGAGGCUGGAUGUCGUCAGGGUGGGAUGGAGGCUGGAUGUCGUCAGGUUGGGAUGGAGGCCGGAUGUCUUUGGGAUGGAGGCCGGAUGUCUUUGGGUUGGAGGCUGGAUGUCUUUGGGUUGGGAUGGAGGCCAGAUGUCUUUGGGUUGGAGGCUGGAUGUCGUCAGGUUGGGGUGGAGGCUGAAUGGAGGCCGGAUGUCUUUGGGUUGGAGGCUAGAUGGACGUUGGAUAUCUUUGGGUUGGGAUGGAGGCCUGAUGUCUUUGGGUUGGAGGCUGGAUGGACGCCGGAUGUCUUUGGGUUGGGAUGGAGGCCGGUUGUCUUUGGGUUGGAGGCUGGAUGGAGGCCGGAUGUCUUUGCGUUGGAGGCUGGAUGGAGGCCGGAUGUCUUUGGGUUGGAGGCUGGAUGGAGGCCAGAUGUUUUUGGGUUGGAGGCUGGAUGUCGUCAGGUUGGGAUGGAGGCCGGAUGUCUUUGGGUUGGAGGCUGGAUGGACGCCGGAUGUCUUUGGGUUGGAGGCUGGAUGGAUGCCGGAUGUCUUUGGGUUGGAGGCUGGAUGGAUGCCGGAUGUCUUUGGGUUGGAGGCUGGAUGGAUGCCGGAUGUCUUUGGGUUGGAGGCUGGAUGGAUGCCGGAUGUCUUUGGGUUGGAGGCUGGAUGUCGUCAGGUUGGGAUGGAGGCUGGAUGUCGGUCUGGGAUGGAGGCUCAGGCUGGUUUUCUAACAGGCUCAAUAAGCUGUAGUUGCAUCAACAGAAACAGAAUAAAGUCUUUGGUAUUAAAUCAA